AUGGUCAAAAUAACAAGAAGAGCAAAAGAUCCUAAUAGGUUAACUAAAAUAGAGUUAUGUGCGAUUCUUAAUAGAUUGGAGAUCAGUAAUAUUACAGUGCAGAGCACUAAAAAGGAUAUUAUAAGUGUCUUUAAAAGAAACAAGAAGAGCAUAGAGCAGAAUCAAGCUAAGACAAUUCAGAUUCUUAAGGAGCUGGACAUUGCCAAGAGCAAGGACAAAGUACCAAAGAAGACAGAAAAGAGAAAGAGGAGUGAUACAAGCGAUACGCCGGCAACAAAGAGGGGAAAGAAGGAAGUGCUUAAAGAGCCAGCACAAGAGCCAAAGGAAUUAGGUAUAGAAAAGGCAGCAUCAGUAGAAAAGACAGACAAAGAAAGCAUUUUAUCAGAGGAGAGUGCUGCAGUGCCUUCUGAGAUACCUAAGCCAAAGAAAGCAGAAAAACCCAAGUCACAGGAAAUAAAGAAAGUGGCAAGCACAGCCCUUCAAGGAGUUCUUAGCAAAUCAAUGAAAAAAAACAAAGAAGCUGCAGCACAGCCCAUAGAAGCUGCAAAGAAAAAGGUAGAGAGAAAACAAACAAACAAAGAAGUAGACCUAGCAACCAGGGUAAACAUAUAUAUACAAAAGAUGUACACAAAAUGUAUGGUGUUUGCAAAUGGGUAUGGCCGGCUAAUUGUCAUAGGAGCAACUAUAGGAAUAGUUGCAGUGCUUGCAACAUACACACUUUCCAUAGAUCAGGAUAAGAAAGCGCCAGGUGUAGUUGAGUCAGUAAAAAACUAUGUAAUGAACAAAGUGCAUGAUAGAAAUCAGAAAACCCCAGCAAUAAAGCAUAAAACAGAAGAGAUUGCAAAGGUUAAGAAAGAACUAGAAAAAGUGCAAAGAGAUAUAGAGCUUAAAAGACAACAAGAAGCUAUUCAGAAGGCCAAGGCGGAGGCAGAUCGGAAAGCCAAGGUGGAGGCAGACCGAAAAGCAAAGGAGGAAGCUGCUCAGAAGGCCAAGGAAGAAGCAGACCGAAAAGCUAAGGAGGAAGCUGCCCAAAAAGCCAAGGUGGAGGCAGACCGAAAGGCUAAAGAAGAGGCAGAACUAAAAGCUAAGGAGGAAGCUGCUCAGAAGGCUAAAGAAGAGGCGGAUCGGAAAGCCAAGGAAGAAGCGGAUCGGAAAGCCAAGGAAGAAGCGGAUCGGAAAGCUAAGGUGGAGGCAGACCGAAAAGCUAAGGAGAAAGCUGCUCAAAAGGCUAAAGAAGAGGCGGAUCGGAAAGCUAAAGAAGAAGCUGCGCUGAAGGCCAAGGAAGAAGCAGACCGAAAAGCUAAGGAGAAAGCUGCCCAAAAAGCCAAGGUGGAGGCAGACCGAAAGGCUAAAGAAGAGGCUGAACUAAAGGCUAAAGAAGAGGCGGAUCGGAAAGCCAGGGUGGAAGCUGACCGAAAAGCUAAAGAAGAAGCAGAACUAAAAGCUAAGGAAGAAGCGGAUAAAAUUGUACAAGAUCAUAUAGAAGAUGGGGUGGACAUAAGCUCUAUAGAUCAAACAGAACAAGUAGAAAAAUCCCAAACUGAUAAUUCCAAUGAAGUAGCAGAAAGCAACUCUUCAAAUCGCACUACAGUUUUUGGCCAUGCUCUAAAACUAUUUAAGCAGACUGCGCGAUUCAUUUUCAAAAUUCUAAAAGUAUUUGCACUGGGAAUAUUUGUAGUCUUAGUGGUGGGAGGCAUGGUAAUCACAGUUCUUCGUAUUAUGUUCCUAACACGAACGAAGGUAGACAAAUAUAAAGAAUAUAUCGUGGAUAGAAUAUAUAAAAAGAAUAAGCGUGCUUUGCCAGCUGACACAAUUAGAGAGCUUCGUGAGCAGCACCCAGCACUGAGUAGAAUAGAAUGGAGAAUGCUUUGCCAAAGAGUUUUAUUAGACAGCAAUAUCCGAAUUUCAAAAGUAUUGCGGGGAUGCAAGGAGGAAGAUGCUUGGAUCUGGAUAGGAGAUAAUUAA